AUGUCUUCCUAUGCGAUCUCUUACAACUCUCAGUCGGACUGGUGGAACCAGCCUGUCGAUGACAUUAAUAGGCUGUCGAUCGCCCAUCACUGCCGUUCUGACAGUAUCAAUGGUCGCGACUACCCUCUCCAGCAGCACAGCCCGGAAGGCGAUCCUGGAUUUUUUGCACCAUCACAAGCCAAUGGAAUCUUUCCAAGCAACCAGAUCAUGCCCAACUACUGGAUUGGUGACUUGCCUCAGUUCAACGAGUUAUCCAUGUCGUUCGCUCUGCAAUCGCCUCAAGCUAUGCAAGGAGUCUACACGAGCCAAUUCGUACCAUCAGCAUCACUGCCACCAGCUGCUUUCAGUAAGGAGCCUUUGCCUAUCGAUCAGUUCUCAAGCGGCGACUUGACGACUUUCGACGAUACUGCUCCGAAUUCAUUCUAUCACAACAUCCAUAUCCUUCCGCUCUCUGAUGUACCGGCUUUAGAGUACGACAGCACAUCAGAUGAACUCGCGUAUAGUCGUCGACAAUGGACCGACUCUCCUGUGCCUGAUGAAUUACACACUCUGGAGGACACUGAUGAGGCCGAUGACAGUCUGGAGAAUUCAGAUCCUUGUUAUGCAGAGCUACUCAGACAAGCUCUAAUGGAGAAGGAGGACGACCACACUAUGCUUCUGAAAGAUCUCUACGAGUGGGUUCGCACUCACAGUUCGAAGGCCCAGGAUCCCAGUAACAAGGGUUGGCAGAACAGUGUGCGACACAACCUAUCUAUGAAUGCGGCGUUCGAGAGGGUACCUCCACCCAACCAAGAAGCAGGCACCAAGAAAACAAGUUACUGGCGACUGACUAAACAUGCCGUUGACUACGGCAUCCGCUCGACCACUCGCUACCGUAAGGACAGCAAGCGCAAGACGCAACGCAAUCCCAAUCCCGCACCAAUCCGAGUUCAGGCGGGCGCCAAGGGUGGGCAGGCGACUCGCCGAUCUGUCCGCCGCCAGCAACUGGCUGCAUCACCGCUGAACGGCAUCUCGCCCUCCUCCGACAUGACGCGCCAACGUAAUCUUCGUCGUCCACAUCAGGUUCACCAACAUCCCAGCACUCAGGUCGAGACAUCUUCGUUACAGCAAAGAGUUCCGCAGACAAUGUCUACCAAUACGUCUUACUUCAACAGCACGGCAGAUAUGUUCAGCCUUUCCAAUGCUUACCCCGUGGACAACAAGAUUGAUGAGACCGGUGAUCUUCUGAGGCCUUACGUCGGCGCUCAACCCUAUCUUGAUUGGUCCGCCUCGCCUUCACCGAUGGAUCAUGUGGCUAGUGAAGCUGGUGUUUGGCGAAUGGAUCAAAAGAAUAUGGGUCUCUGA